UUGUCUUCAGACGGGCGGUCUCCAUCCCUUCGCACUGCUCUUUGGCUCAAUAAUCCAAUGCCACUGAUCUGUGCCUCCACCUCACCUCUGACCUGCCAUGGCCACACUAGAGACGCUGCCAGUUCUUAGUGACCCAACGUACUCCAGCCAAGAUAACUUCCACGCUUUUGCUCCCAGGCCUUCCCAAUCCACCUCCCAGAGCGCCAUGGGGAGUGUGGGCAGUGGAGUUGCCAAUGACCAAGAGUUCGCCAUGAAGAGCGUGGGGACCCGGACACAGAGCAGCAGCCGACAGACGGAGGGGUCUCGCAAUGGGUACUCCACCCGAGAGAUCUCCAAUCGCUACUCUGGUGAGGAGAAGACGUACAAGUCAGAAAAGGUCUCCAACUCCCUCUACAUCAAUGGCGACCUGCGCAAGAGUGAGAAGGUGAAGAUGGACAUCUGUGGGAAUGUGACCUCCAACAAUGAGAAGAACAUGCCGCCUCCUCCACAGUACCGAGAGCCCAGUAACCCACCAAAGAUAUUGCCAAUCUCUGGUAAACUAGACCAGAGCAAUGAGCCCUUAGUUAGACCCUCAGCCUUUAAACCAGUAGUUCCUAAAAACUUCCAUUCCAUGCAGAAUCUCUGCCCACCGCAGAGCAACGGGGUGACAGAGAACAGAAAGAGCUUGAAUCAUGCCAACAGCAAUAGCCCGUCCGCACCCAAAAGUGGACUCGACAAGACCAGCCUUAACAGGACUACAAACCAAGUGGGAGGCCUUUCAGAUUCAGGCCGUAACUCGUUAACGAGCCUGCCCACGUACGGGACAGGCUACAGCCAACACGUGGGUCCAAUGAGCGCCUCAACAAGCCACAUCAAUCGCAUCGGAACAACCUAUGUGGAUAAGAACAUCGUGGGAUACAACGGGAUAUCUACCUCAGACAGCGGGCGGUCUUCGAGCAAGAGCACCUCUUCGUUCAACAGACUGAACCAUCUCAACGAAACGAUGCCUUUCCACUCGCCUUCAACGGAUGAUAUCAUACAAGAUCUGGAAGACCGGCUGUGGGAGAAGGAGCAAGAAGUCCUCCAGAUGCGAAGGAACUUGGACAAAAGCGAGGCAGCCAUCUUCCAAGUGUUCGAGGAGAAGCAGAAGAUCUGGGAGCGGGAAAUGGAGGACCUGAGGCAAAACUAUGCCAACAAAUUGCAGCAGGUCUCCAAGAAAGCCCAACGGGCUCAGCAGGCCUUGCAGCUCCAAAUCUUCAAGCUCCAGCAGGAGAAAAAAAAACUCCAGGAUGAUAUGGGGCAACUCCUCCAGCAGCGAGAGGAGCUGGAGAAGAAAUUCGUGGCUUUCAAGAAAGAGCAGGCUGAGUUUCUCCCAAAGAUUGAAGAGACCAAGUGGGAGGUGUGCCAGAAGGCGGGUGAAAUCUCUCUCCUCAAGCAGCAGCUGAAGGAUUCCCAAGCAGACGUCUCCCAGAAGCUGAAUGAGAUCGUGGGGCUGCGGUCACAGCUCAAGGAAGGUAAGAACUUCCUACGUGAGAAGGAGGAGCAAAUCCUCACCCUGAAGGACUCUUACAGUUCCAAGAGUGUCAACCUGGAGAUAUGCGAGAGUGAGCUACAGCGGAAGAUGAGUGAGGUCCAGGUGCUGAGAGAAAAACUGAACCACUGUGAGCUGGAGGUCUCCGGCCUGAAGCGGACACUUGCCAGCAUGGGGCCUCCAGGGGCCUUCAGUGGGGACCUGGCCGAGAAGCUGCGGGACCCUCUGGCCUGUGAGAGUGACGAAGCCAAGAUGCAGCGGCAGAGUGAGGACAGUGUUAACACACUGCGGAAGGAGGUGGAGCGGCUCCAGACAGAGCUGAAGCUAGAGCGGCAGCAGCGGGAACAGCAGGUGAUGGACUUUGAAGAAGAGCGGCGCACAUGGCAAGAAGAGAAGGAGAAAGUCAUCAAGUACCAGAAGCAGCUGCAGCUGAACUACGUGGAGAUGUACCAGAAGAACCAGCUCCUGGAGCACAAGGUGAACGAGAUGAACACAAAGGCCACCAGUCCCCCACACACUGAGGAGAAAAAACCAUGGACUCCCUCCAGACUCGAGCGAAUAGAGUCCACCGAGAUCUGAGGUGGCACCAAGACAAUACAAGUAAUUUUUUUAUUGCUGUGCAUGUACUACCUACUCAAGCCAGUGAUCUUCCGAAGGAUAAUAUACUACAGUAGGAGAGGUGUGAGUCUGCUCUCACCAAGUUCCGUCACCCCUACUUUGUUCUUCUGUGCUCUGUAGGUAAAAUAACUGUGGAUGUGCGUUGUUUUUCUAUUGAUAAUGCGACAUCUCUUUUGGUUUUUUUUCCUAGUACAGCUGGUGAGGGUCAACUGGCUCUUUUGUAAUCUGCCAUGACUGUUACUUCGCUAGAGGCUGCCAUCUCCUCUCCCAACAAUUCACCCUCUGUGGUUGGUUGUUUUGGAGGGUUGUAUUUGGUCUCUUUGGUUUUACAAGCAUUAUGUGCAGCAAAACAGUUCAAAGUGGCAGGUUUUUUCAGGGCAUUUUUAGCCACAUUGGCUAAUGGAGCAAAGCUCUAGGGAUCAUGAGCAAAUUUACUGUUCUGCAUCAAGUAUCCUGUCUAGACGGUGGUGUUAAGUGAAGUCAGUGGGAGGUUGGCCACUGAUUUCAGCGAAACCAGACAUAUCUCUACCAGAUGACUCCCUUUUGCCAGCCUACAGCUACCAUGGUUGCAAGAGGUUAGGACAUCCUUGAGGAGCCAGAUGAGCCCGUCCUGGUAACAUAAGCCAACUAGGAACAGUUGCCCAGCAGGAGCCUCUUUUGAGGCUCAGCAGAGCUUGAUAUAUGCUGCGUUUUCUUUCUGUUGUGGUUUUCUUCUUCAUUUCCACCCCCAUCCUUGGUUCUGACCAACCUGGGAGCAGAAAUGCCCUCCCUUCUCUGCCUUGGUCCCACUAUUCUUCCUAUACAUUCAAGCUGGCUACAGCAAGAAAAAAAAUCCUAGAAAUUCAAACUAGUUUACCUUCUCAAGAGCCUUCUUGCUCUUGAGCAAGCCCACAGAGUCAGUGGAAUCAGGGCUUGGAGAACCAUCCAGACCUGCGGGAUGUUUAUGCAACGUGAAGCUUCAGCAAUUUGCCCGUUGGUGGGCAGUGGGCAAUUGCGACAUCCCAUUUCCAAAAGAGUGAUGCUUCGGUGCAUUUUCUCUGUCCAGGACCUACUUACAAAAAGGCAUCUGAGCCUCACUCAGGAGUUGCAGUGAGCACAUACCCACAUCACAGCUAGAAAGCCACGAGGCUGGCACGCAAGUGCUAGCCUUCCACACAGCCGUUUGGAAUAGGGCCCUAGGUCCAGGGACAGAGAAAAUGCAUGCCCAGUUUAAGAAAAUAUUUAGCUACUAACCCUGAGCAGACAUAAGACCGACAAUGCUUAAAAACAUGUAAGUGCUCGUGCUUCUGGCUGAAUAACCAAAACCGAUAUGCACAGUCUCUAAGAAUGACGCAUAUAUCAAAAACCAGCCUUCAGCUUUAAAGGGUGGGUAGAGUGGGCCUGGUUCCAUCUUUCAUGGACACCUCUUUACAAUAAUCCACAGUAAAAUGUGAAAAGUGCUGCGGAAUGGGACUUGCACUGUUUGAGCAGUGGCAAAUGAUACUUAGGGAGCGUUUGCCCUAGGGAGUAGCUAGGAGAACGAAGCUAGAAUUCGCAUUCUUGGGCUGCCCGUGUGAGGUGACUCCAGGGGGAUUUUGCCCAGAUCAUGAUUCAUUUGCAAAUCAAGGAAGAACCUCAGGACUUUUAGUGACAGAAACCUUCCAAACAAAAGCCUUGAAGCUACUCACUUUCCAUGUUUCCCUCUCCCAGAGCUCCGUCCUCUCCAUGACCAGGUCUAACCUUCAAGCUGGGACCAAGUGCCAUUGUGGUGAGCUCCAGACUGAGCAAAGAGGCUGAGCAGGAGAAAGGAGUCCCCACUUUGUCCCACCAACCUCCAGCCAAGGUCAACACACAGUAUUACUGGCCAGGACCUGCUGAGGGCACUAUUGGUGGAUGGUAGCAAUUCCUGGAGCUGUAGAAAAUGGAGAUGUGUGAUGAGAUCAGGGCAUUUCAAGGCCCGAGUCGAGAGCAUCUAGCUUUUCCCACCACUUCUGCUUGUGCCUUUGGAGCUGGAAGAAAGAACAAUGCAAAUACCACGGCAGCUCAGGCUAAGCCCCCCUCCAGCGACCAGCGACAGGAAGUGGGACUAAGUCAGGUCUGAUCCCUGAAGGGGGUGGAAGUGGGUCCCAUUACAAAUCCUGCAGUGCACCAGCACUCGGAUGAUGCCUGUGCACCCCGCUCCAGAAGAAGUGCCACUCGGUGCUGGUGCCACCUAGCAGCAGACUUUGCCAGGCCAAAGGCAGGAGCGGGAAGGGCAAGUGGGUUCACUGGUGCACCACUGCCACGUCCUGCUGGAGUCAAGAGAGGACCCUAGUCCCCAUCUCUGCCCUCCUCUUUGGUCUGGUGCUUCAUGGGCUGCAGCCUGAGUCAGGGGCCUCAGAGACACACGCUGCACACGCUUGCACUUGGUCUUGCAAACCCCAGGUCUUCCUUCGUUUCAUCGCUGGGCCUUUGCAAUGGAGUCGAACACCCCAAAAACAGUGUCAGGCCUGGAAAUCCGGUGUGUUGUGUCAUCUUGGCUUUGUGUGCCUCUCUUUCCCCAUCAGAUAAACCUGCACUGUCUUCCUUCCCCAAGCGGUUGUGAGAUAUCCGUGCUUGUGACAGGCUUUACAGUCCUUGGGAAAAACAGCAAAGCACAGAGAAAUUGCAAAGAGGCUCAGUUUCAGCUGCCUCUCAUUAGCAUUUCUGAGGCCACCACACAAAGAACAACACCCCACCAACAACAAGUACCCUUGCCACAAGACGGGUCCAAUGACCUGGUGGAUCUUUUCCAACGUUGCUCCUCCUAGCCCCUCUGAUGUUGCAAUUGGGUAUCCAUUAACCAUCACAGGAACCAUGCUUUCAGAUGGUGACUCCAGAAGUCUGCUGCUGAGGACGUGUAUGCCGCAAUUCCUUGCUGCGUUAACAACCAAGAGCAAUGGGCACCAGCAUCAGUCUAUGGGACACCGUCUCACCAGAGGUCUGUGCUAAUGCACUGGCACCCUUCAUCACUUUGAUCUAGAGCUUUGAUCUAGAUCUGAGUAACCUCAAGUGUGUCUACUCCCCGGAUGACAGAGAGCUCUGCAGAUACCCACUAAGAAGCUGUGCUGCUGAUAGUGCUUUUCUCCCUGUUAGGAGUCACCCAACAUCCCCCAAGCACUCAGCUGACCUGCAGGAACCACCUCCUUAGUUAAGCUGGAGUUUCAAAGCAUUAAAGGUGCUGUAAAAUACAGUUACUUUUGGCAAGUCUGCUACCCAAAGUGCCAUGUGUGACUCCUCCUCUCCAGAAAUCCUCCCCACAACGGGAUGCACUGCUCCCCAUCACGUCCUCCCCCACGGGCUGCUGCUGUGCAGCCACAUACUGGUAACCAGUGUCUCUCAGAGGUGAGUGCCCUUUGCUCAGUAGGCAUAGAGCAAAACGCUGGUGGGACACCUGCGUUCCUGUCAUUUGUGCUCAGAUCUGGCCCGGACUGGAGCUCACCUGGCUCUUUCCAGACUUCGGCACUAGUUGAUGUCAGCUUUCACCCACUGGCUGGAUGAGGUAUCCCAUCACAAGCUAGGUUUGCAGUGAGGUUUUGUGGUCUUUGCUUUGGAAUAAGAUAACUAAGGAGUGCCAGCCUGGUGUUUUGAUGACAUAUCCUAGGAAUGGCCAAGGAGAGCAAUGGCCCAUCUCUCUGAGGCUCAUGCAGGGCUGAUAAAAUGUUUCUGUCCCAUGAAACCCAUCUUCAGAGUUUGGGUUUGAUCAUAACCCAAUCCUCCCCUCCUCCUUUGUUCAGUCAGCUCUGGAGCUGAUGGGAUUCAGUGUGACAUACUGAGUGUAAUUCUCUAAGUCCCAGUACUGCCCUCAAAAUCCUGCAGGCGAUCAAUGUCUCCACUGAAACAGCAGGUCAUCUCUAACUUGCCAUCGGCCAAUGCCAACGGCUGUGGUCAUGGGGGGCUCGGGUCAGUUGCCCACACAUCGGGUCUAGGGCUGUUAGAGAUGUUCUGGGAUAUGUGACACACAGGGCUGGCCGAUCUGACCCAAGACCUAUGGGAGAGCCACCCCAGCAGUGCGAAGACAGGGUUACCUGGAGCAUCUCCAGUGGCAUAUCACUCCUGUGUGGGCGAGUGAGCCACGCUCCAGGCGUGUGCACAUGUCCAAUAUAUGAGCACACAUGGGGCAUUAUCAGCUCCAGCACUUUCCAUCCACGAGGAUUUGGGCUAAGCAGGUUAUCCUGGUGCUGGGGAAGGUGUAAGCAGCCCUUCUCAUCACUUGCUGUGAGUGGGGUUGCUUUGCUCCACCAUCACUUUGAGGUUGAUUUUGCUCCUCUUGCUGUAAAAUGCCCACCCAGCUGGACUAGUUUCCCCUCGAGCAGUCAGCACCCACCCAGGGCGUGAACAACACAACCAUCGUGCGUUGUUGUGCUUCACACAGUCCCACUUAGCUUCUGCUGCCGUAUCGCAGCAGCCGGCUGCACCGUUCCUGCUGUCACUGCCGUAAUGCCGGAUGGAGAUCACCUCCAGGUUUCCACACUUGUUAACCAAGACAGGAAUCGAAUGAUUGCUCUUAUGCUGCUACGUUAUAUGGAGACAAGUGUACUUGGAUGUAAAUAACAGCCCACUUCUGUAUAUACAACAAUUAAACGCACAGACAAGAAAGCUCUGUGGCUUCUAUACUGCUGAAUGGGAUAGACAGUAACAGCAGACGCUGUGUUCAAGUGCUGAGCGCUACACAGAGGAUGCUCAGCUCCCUCUGAGAUUACGCUGGCCAUGGUGGAAGCGGAAGGGGUGCAGCACCUCCCAGGAGGGCAAUUCACUUUGCAUUGGCUCCAAUAGAGCAGCCUGGCAGCACUUUUGUCCUCCUUCAGUGCUUGCUAUCAUCCUGAGCCAGGCUUUUGCAACUGCCCUCUCAUCAAGGCUGAAGUCCCUUCUGCCCAUCCUUGGGAGCCUCGCAUCACUCCAAAGCUUCCUGUGGAAAGACUGGCUCCCAGCAGUGUUCCCCUUGCACCUUGCCGCCCAUGAGCUCUGCCCAUGGAAAUGACUAACCCACUCCACUGCUGGGCAUCACAGUGGCACUUUAUAGCUCACUCAGGACAGCGAGCUUGCGAGCAACGUGACCAAAGAUCUCUGAAGGGUGUUGGAUUGCAUGCUCAGAGCUGCCUCCCCACAUUCCCAGGAGAGGCAUGAGGCUGGCAUGGGCUGAGAAAGGGGAUAAGAGCUGGCAGGGGACAGAGAAAGCUGUCUGGAUUUCCCUGUGGCCCACCUGGGAACAUUUCCAGAGCCGUGCGGAGCCUUUCUUGUGCUGGUUAGGACAGGGUAGAAAGGAGGCUGUUUUCUCUUGGUUCCUGGACGAGCCCACUUAUCCCUGAUGAUCCAGGCUGGUUAAUUGCCCGCACACUCUCCGGCUGUGCCAACCAGCUCCAAGUGUCACCUAAGGAGAGUAUGGACCAGGGGCUGUUCCCAGGAAGCAGGAUGGAUGCAAUUCCUCUUUUUUCUUGGGGAGAAAAGGACCACAGAGCAGACCUUGGUCCUCUCUAGUCCUCUCCAGUUUAGCAGCACAGACAUUGCUACAGCGUCUAGCCAAAGGCUCAUGCUGGUUCUGUGUGAAUUGGGCAGGAAAAUGUUUAUCCAGAGAGCCUGCUAGCUGUCCCGACAGUGCCCUCUCUCCAGCUCCCCCCAGGGCAUCCUCAGCACCCUCCUUCCUAGGGAACCGUCUUCUGAGGCGAAGACACCAUGGUCCUUGCUUCUCUGGUCUGGGAUGCUGAAGGCAUCUCUGCCUGUCUUAGCUCCAUGAAAGCUCCUCACCCUGCUCCCAGCACUGGGCAUGCAGAGCAUGGGCCGGUGUGAGAUCUGUGCUGCUCUGCCUGUACAGCCAUGCCCCACCACUCCUGGAGAAGGGUGAUCGGUGGGUCUGGGUCUCAGGCACAUAAUGCCCCUUUACCAUGCCCUUGUCAUGCCAAGCCUUCCGGGUUCAUUCCUGACAAGACCACAAAAACCCAGUAAUGUGCAGACAGUGACGGCCUCACUUCUGUCCCAGAUGGCCUGCAGGUCCAGCUUGCCCCUAUACUAACUCAAUCCUUUAGCCUAAGGCUUAAAGACUACUCUAUAGGGUUACUCUUCACCAAGAUCCUUUGCUGAAGAUACUGCUGCAUAUUGCCUGUGUCCUGCCUCUCCUCCACCCCAGCUCUCCAGACAACCCUGACUCGUUUAGAUCAUCACGAUCCCCAAUGUCCUAGGAGCAGCUGGUGUCUCUCCCAGUACUCUCCCAGAGACUUCCAUUAGCAAGCAGGAGCUGAAGCCCAAAGCCCCCCACUGACAGCGGCCUGUCCCAAUCUUGUCCUUAGAAGAGUUUUCUAGACUAUUGAUCCUCAACUCUUCUCUCCAUCAGUCCCAUGUCAGCUAGAAUAGCCCUGCUUUACCUUCCAAGAGCGAUCUUGCUUCUCAGUGGAGGAGAUCCCCAUGGCUUGCAAUCACUUGAAGUCACUAUAUGGGGUUUCAUACUGUCACAUCCACACACCCCGCCCACUCUCAGGCCUCUGCAGUCCUUCCACCUUCUGCAAACAGGGGUGUAAGGGGCAUCCAAACACCUCUGGUCUGUAGGGGUGCACAGCACCCAUGCCACCAGGUCUUCAGCAUAACAAGGGGAUGGGAUCACAUCCAGCUGUUUGCAGGUGUUAGCUUCCCAAUAGGACUUUCCACGCUGGCAGUGCGACUGUUGGCAAAAGCAGAACUGAGCCUCUUUGUCUGCAGGAUAAGCCUCCUCCCUGGUUCUCCCGAUGAAGGGGAUCAUGUCAGCUCUAGAGCGUGGGACAGCCUCUGACAGGAAGGGUCAGAGGCUCUUUUCAAGGCUCUUUACAGAUUUGUUUUCUCUCUCAUUUCUGUCACAAAGCAAUAUGUUUUUCUAGAAUGAUUUAAAAGGGGCUAUUCCCACCUCUGAUACCUGCAGGCAAGACUACGUGCCCCUGACUUUCGUAGCUCCAGCCCUGGGCUCUCCUCCUUUGGAAAGGGAAGCAAGGCCAGGCCUGCCUCCAAAUAACCACCAGCGGCUUGAGCUUGGCUGUCCCCAUUUGCCCAGAGAGCCCAGAGCUGCCAUGUCCAGCAGGUGAUCAGCCUGGGUCCCCGGGACACGCAAUCUGUCUACCUUUGGCGGCCAUCCCAUGACUGUUACUGGGUCCUGGCAACAGGUCUUCUCCUGUAGCUCACCGACAUGGGAGCCACUGGAUCCCCAGGGGUAUGAGCUCACAGAGCCAUGAGUGGUGACUGCCAGAUACCAGUUGCAGACCAAGACUUCAGUGCUGCUGCUGGGCCUGGGAGCCAGGCUGUCCUAGGAGCCCUCCUGGAGGAGAAGGUGCCCUUUCCUGCAUUGGUGGCACAUGGGUUCCUUUCCAGGGGCCGAGGGGAACAAAUGUGCGUGGGCAGAGCUCCACCACCGGUGCAAAAGUGCUCCACCACUCGUGCAAAAAUGCUGCACAUCUGGUCAAUGUCUAUGCAGUUCCUUUCCAUGCAGCGGCAACCCCGCAGAGCCCAGCCCAGAGCUGGGACUCCUCCAAGGUGUCUUCGUUUGCACUCACUUGGACCUGGUAAACGCUGUGAGCUGAGAGGCGGCCCGUCCGGACUCUCUCUUGGCCUUUGCCUUGCACCGGGCAGUACGGUUGUGAGGGUUUCCUCAUCCUAAUUAAAUGCACAUUGCUUAGUCAUUUGUCUCUGUGUCUGUUCUUCAGCAGAUCAAUAGGCACCCAAAACCCAGCUUCCCGACGGAGAUAUGUCAGGUUGGGCCAGCUGGCAGCCUGAGCAAGCCUGUUGUCUGAUUUCACCAGCAAUAAAAACCCCGCGGACGAGCAGCCAGAGCCUUCUGCUGCCACUCUAGCGCUGGGUGAGGUGCAGGCUGUGUGUGUGUGUAGGACUCCGCAUUAGGCCCUUCAUCCAAUGUUUUGGACCUACCCGACUGUAAAUUCAAUCCCAGCCUUGUGCUUUUUUUCCUCUGUUUGUUUCUCAAAGCCUUGGUCUCUCUCUGCUCUUACUGUGAAUUCAAACCAGAAGUGUUCUGAACUCGACUCUGUUACUGUUUGUUCUGCGUUGACU